UUUUCUUCUUCUCCUUCUUCCCUCCUUUUUCUGACAUCACAUUUCUGCAAAAUUCCUUUUAAUUCCUUAAAUUCAAUUCAAUCCUUUUUAUUUUCUUCAUUCAUUAAAUUAUUAUUAUUUUUAUUCUUCAACUGACCCUGAAUUCCCCAUUUUACCCCUGUUACGCCAUUGAUGUAUCUUCUGUUUCAUUCAUUCUUUUGAGUUUCUCUUCAUUCAUUCGUUUCUCUGUCUCUCUGAAACCGACCGACAAUCCCUCUGUUUCUUUCCAUUUUUAAGGUUUGUUUCUGUCUCUUUAUCUUCUUCUUAUUCUUUUUGUUAUUGUUUUAUUUUAAUUUAAUUUAAUCGAUUCAUUUUCAUACCCCCCGAAUCUAAACAAGGGAAAAAGACGAAACAGAGAAAAACAAUAAAACCCCUCCUUUUUGUUGUGUAUAUUCCUGUUUUUUGUUUUUGUUUUUUUGGGUUUUGACUUUUUUUUCUUUCUUUUUCAAAAACCUUUUUGUUUUUGUUACAUUAUUAUUGGUUUUGUUUUUGUUCUUUUCUACUUUAAUUGUUUGUGUCCAACGGUUUGGGAGAUCCAAUGGACAUUCUUUGUGAUGAUGAUAAGAAGGAAAUAAAAUUAGAAGAAGCCAAAGGGAUUCUGGAUCCUCUGAGAGAAUUAAAGAUGCCGGGAAUUGUUACAAACGGGGUUCAUGACGAUGGGGAAGUUAAUGAGAUGAAUGGGAACCGUUCUCCCACUAAGGCAAGCUUAACUCCAAUCAAGUCUCCAAGGAGUUCAAUGAGCCCGCAGAGACGUCAAAGUGUCGGUCCUAAUUUCCAGGAUGAUGGGGUUGUUGAGCCUUCAAUCGAGCAGCUUUAUGAAAAUGUGUGUGAUAUGCAGAGUUCUGAUCAGUCGCCCUCAAGACAAAGUUUUGGAUCCGAUGGCGAUGAGUCUAGAAUUGAUUCGGAGUUGCACCAUUUGGUUGGGGGACGGAUGAGGGAGUUGGAGAUAAUGGAAGAGGAGGUGGAGGUGGAGGUGGGAAGAAGGCCAGGAGAGAGUUCUAGUGGGGAAACAUCUUCUGGAAUGGGUAAUUUAUCUGAUGAUAAGAAGAUGGAUAUGGUGGCUGAGAUUCAAUCUGGUAGUAAAAGUCCGGUGAUUGAGAUUCAAUCUGGCAGUAAAAGUCCGGUGGUUAAGACACGAUCUAGUAGUAAAAGUCCGGUUUCCUCAGAAAAAAUUGUCAAACCACUGAAUUCAAGGUUGGGCUCUGACACUUCACCAAGAUCAAAACCCAAAGGAAAAAGUCCUCCUGCUAAAGCUCCUCUGGAGAGAAAGAAUGAUCAGCCUUUGAGAAAACAAACUAGAGGAGUUAAUGGCGUGAAGAAUUCAAAGAAUUCUCCUUUGGGAAAGUCGGUGUCAAUGAGUCGCGUUGAGAAUUCGGCUGAAUCAGCAUUAGAUAAACCAGAGCAAGCACCGAUAUUACUAAAGCAAGCAAGAGAUCUUAUGUCAACUGGAGAUAAUCCGCACAAAGCUCUUGAGUUGGCUCUUCAAGCAAUGAAACUGUUUGAGAAGUUUGGCAAUGGGAAGCCGAGUUUGGAACUGGUUAUGUGUUUACAUGUUACCGCAGCAAUAUAUUGCAGCCUGGGUCGAUAUAGCGAGGCAAUUCCCAUUCUUGAGCGUUCGAUUGAGAUUCCUGAUAUCGGGGAAAGUCAACAGCAUGCUCUUGCUAAAUUUGCCGGUCACAUGCAACUUGGAGACACCUAUGCUAUGUUGGGCCAGCUUGAGAAUUCAAUAAUGUUCUACACUGCUGGGUUUGAAGUCCAGAGGCAUAUUUUGGGAGAAACAGACCCAAGAGUUGGUGAAACUUGUCGGUAUUUGGCUGAAGCUAAUGUUCAAGCUUUGCAAUUUAAUGAAGCAGAGGAGCUCUGUCAAAUGGCUCUUGACAUUCACAGAGAAAAUAGUUCGGCCCCAUCUAUUGAAGAAGCUGCUGAUAGGAGGCUCAUGGGUCUUAUAUGUGAAACAAAGGGGAAUCAUGAAGCAGCUCUUGAACACCUUGUUUUAGCCAGCAUGGCAAUGGUUGCAAAUGGCCAAGAAGCGGAAGUGGCAUCUGUUGACUGCAGCAUUGGAGACACAUACUUAUCCUUGUCUCGAUAUGACGAGGCUGUCUUUGCAUAUGAAAAAGCGCUAGCAGUUUUCAAGACCAGCAAAGGAGAGAAUCAUCCAGCAGUAGGGUCGGUCUUUGUACGUUUGGCCGAUUUGUAUAACAGGACAGGGAAGAUAAGGGAAUCAAAGUCGUAUUGCGAUAAAGCACUUAAAAUAUAUGAGAAUCCAAUGCCUGGAGUUACUCCAGAGGAGAUUGCUAGCGGUCUUACAAAUCUGUCAAGUAUCUAUGAGUCAAUGAAUGAGGUUGAUCAGGCACUCAAGUUACUGCAGAAAGCAUUGGAGAUAUAUAAUGAUGCCCCCGGUCAGCAAGGAACAAUAGCAGGAAUCGAAGCUCAGGUGGGGGUUAUGUACUACAUGUUGGGAAACUAUACUGAAUCUUAUAACACUUUGAAGAAAGCAAUCGCAAAACUUCGUGCUAUUGGAGAGAAGAAAUCAUCCUUCUUUGGUAUUGCUCUUAAUCAAUUGGGGCUUGCCUGUGUGCAGCGUUAUGCCUUAAGGGAAGCUAUAGAAUUAUUUGAGGAAGCAAAGAGUGUUUUGGAACAUGAGUUGGGGCCUUAUCACCCUGAAACGCUUGGAGUAUAUAGUAAUCUUGCAGGCACGUACGACGCAAUUGGAAGGCUGGAUGAUGCAAUUCUAACUUUGGAGCACGUUGUUAGUAUGAGGGAGGAAAAGCUUGGGACAGCGAAUCCCGACGUGGAUGAUGAAAAGAGAAGGUUGAGUGAGUUGUUGAAGGAAGCCGGUAAAGUUCGAAGCAGAAAAGUCAGGUCACUAGAGAACCUUUUUGACGGCGAUGCUCACACUUUAAACAACCUUGUCAUCAAGGCCUAAUAAGGAUUUCCCUUAAAGAAACUUGAUUCUUUGAUGCUUUACAGGAACACAAUGUGAAAAAAUUGAAGGGAUAAGCAUAUCCUGAUAGUGUUAAUAUACAGUAUGAUUGACGAGUGUUAUACUUAAUGGGAUAAAAUGGAAUCAUUGAAAAGUGGAAUAAUUUCUGCUAAAAUUUUAUUUGAGCUGUGUUGUUUUUAUUUGUAUGAUACGUGUAAGUCAUUGUGGUAUACAGAUUAGCCCUUUAUUUGUGUAUACAACAUUUUCCCCCCUUUGUUUCGUUUCAUAUAUAAAAAAAGAGUGAAGACUCUGUCUGAAACUUUUUGAU